AUGGAUCUUAUUCAGAGGGUUUCCCAAAGUUUCUGGGGUUUAGAAAAUUCUGAUAGGAAUAAUCAAUUGGUAGUUCUAGGGGCAAAGUAUGAUCCCAUUUCAAGCGGUUGGGAAGAACAAAAUCAAGAUAAUUUUGGGAGCUUGUUUCAACAUAUGUUCACGAGACCUGAACCGUGGAACCCCGAGUUUCUUAAGGAUGUUAACUCUAGAUUGCAUUUUACAUAUCGCACGAGGUUCGCUCCAAUACCAAGGCACAUAGAUGGUCCAUCACCCAUGCGAAUAAGUAUUCUAUUGAGAGACAACCCCUUAAAUGUUAUCGAGAACGUUUUAAAUAAUCUGGAUUGCUUUCAAACAGAUAUAGGAUGGGGGUGCAUGAUUAGAACGGGCCAAUCGUUGCUUGCAAAUGCAUUGCAAUUGGCGAACCUAGGUAGAGAUUUUCGAAUUAGUGGAUCGGAUUCGGACAUAAAUGAAGUCGAGAUGAAGAUAAUUAGAUGGUUUGAGGACAACCCAAAACAUCCUUUUUCGUUGCAUAAGUUCGUCCAAGAGGGAUAUAAAUUGUCAGGUAAGAAACCGGGGGAAUGGUUUGGCCCGUCUGCAAUAUCCAGGAGUAUUCGAUCACUAGUCAUGAAGUUCCCUGGUAGUGGUAUUGAUCACUGUAUUAUAUCCACUGAUUCCGCAGAUGUAUAUUUAGAUGAGAUAGAUCCUUUGUUUCGGGCAAAUCCUAAGGCCAAUGUAUUACUAUUACUGGGAGUGCGGUUAGGGGUAGAUUUCACUAAUGAAUACUAUUGGGAUGAUAUUAAGAACAUUCUAUCAUCAUCGCAAUCGGUCGGUAUAUCUGGAGGCAGGCCCUCUUCGUCCCUAUAUUUUUUUGGUUAUCAAGGAGAUUACCUGUUCUAUUUGGAUCCUCACAAAGUGCAGUUGAAUCUUGCGCUCUAUGAAAGCGAUGAAGAAAGGUUUCACAGCGUUCACCCCCAAACAUUUAACAAAAUCCACCUAUCUGCUAUUGAUCCAUCGAUGUUGCUUGGCUUUCUUCUUACGGGAGAAGACGAUUGGCUAUCCUGGAAGACAACUGUUUUGGGCUCCAAAAUAAUUCACCUAAGUGAUAGUAAACCUGUUGAUAUCAUGCUCGAUAACGAAGUAGAAAGAAUGCUAAUAGGAGAACGGAAGACUGCUGAACAAAGAAAAGACCUGACUAGUGAUUUAGAGAUAGGCGAUUACGUAGAUGUGGGCAGUUUGGUACAGUCUGCAGAUUCUUACAAAAAUAAAGAGGCCGAUGACGAAUAUCAAGAUGUUAAAUGCAAAAAUCAGAAAAUUGUGGUGGUUGGAGAGAGUAAUAGUUCCGGGGCUCCUGAUGUGGAAGUCGAAAAAGUACUUGUCGAGAAGGAAACUAUUCCAGUACGGGGUAAGUAA